AUGGCUAACCACAAAUCAAAAGAUCGUCGUUCUGAGCAGGACGAGAACCGCCCCGCUGGUCGCAAAGACCGCCACAAGUCGAAGGGAAGCAAGACAACGAGCGGUAACCAGGGCCUGGCUCCGCUUCAAGAGCGCAACGGGGAUGCUGCCGCUGCUCGCAUCCAGGAGUUGGAAGCCCAGCUCGCGGCAUCCCAGGCAGACAACGAGCAACUCCGUGCAGAGCAAGCACAGCCGCCUACUGCCACAAACGACCUCAUUCCACGGCCACAGAAUGUGUCCAAGGCUAAGAUGUCGGGCAUGCAGCAGCAACUCGGCAUGAGUCGUGCACGCUGGCUAGCCUUCAGGGGUGCCAUUCGUGAAGGCAUAUUUGCUGCGCGACUUGACAGAAGCAAGUCGUGGCAUGCACAGAGCGACAAGAGAAUCCUUAAGAUGGUUAAUGUGGUUCGAGCUGAUUUUCCCGAAGCCAACCGCUUUGACAAUGCAUGGGGCAUCAAGCGAAUCGCCUCCGAGUCCUUCAGCAACCAUAAGUCAUACGGACGGUGUGUUGAUGACCAUAACACAUACCGAGGGCGCAAGCGACUGGAGCGGCGGGAAAACCGGGCCAAUAGCGAUGAAGAAGAAGAUAGUCCAACUGUCAAUGGCGAGUCCCGCGGGUCAUCUCAGCCAUCGUCUCGUUCGCCAUCGCCAAGUCCAUCCACAGUCCCCCAACACCGAACUGCUUCGACUCGCUCGGACGACGAGGACGACGAGGAUGAUCUGAUCAGCUUUGACGAUGGGAACGGCGAGCCGCCGCUGAAGCGGCUACACCGAAGGGAGUAA